AUGAAUAUCUGUUUGAACAUAAAUUGGGGAAAUUUAAAAUACAGUUACUUGAAGAGAGAACUGAAGGUUUCCAAAAGGAAUGAAAAAGAUGAAAAAUUAGAACGAUUAUUAAACACAAAAUUGGAUAUAAAAAGUUUAUGCUACGUCUUGAAAGCUAUAGCAAGAUUAAAAAGAAAAGAAAAAUUAAAGAGAUAUACUACCUUCGAUAGACAUAUAUCUUUUUUAAAAAGAAGUAAUAUAUUAAAAAAUAAAGAAAAUUACCAUAAUAGUAGGAAAAUAUUAGAAAGUAGAUUACUGGCAAUAGGAUGUGAACUAGUGCAAGUAGCAGGUGAUGGAAAUUGUUUAUUUAGAUCUAUUUCAUUAAAUUUAUUUGAAAAACAAAAGUAUCAUAUGUAUGUUAGAAAAAGGUGUGUUGAAUAUAUGUUAAACUUUAAAGAGCAUUUUUCCAUCUAUUUUGAAAAUAAUGAUUUUUAUGAAUAUACCAAUAAAAUGGAAACAAACGGUUACUGGGGAGAUGAACUGUGUAUAAAAGCAACAGCAGAUGCUUUUGACUGCAUUGUUUACAUAAUAACGUCUACUUUACAUAAUUGGAAUUUAAAAUAUGAAUCAGAACAGAAAAAUAAUGAGCACACCAAAAAAUGUGUUUUCCUAGCAUACACCAGUCCUACGCACUACGACUCUUUUCAGCUAAUUCAGAAGAAGUAA